UUUCGGUAUUUGUUCACACUUCGUGCAUUGACUGGUUAUUCAAUCAAUCAGAAGCUCGAAAAGAAUUCAUAUCAUAAUCAUUGUGCACAAACAAGCGUCUGCCGGUCCACACAUGGUGGAUGAUCAAACAAAAUGGCUGACCACACUGAACACGCCAAAAUACCAAAUGUGACAUGGGCACAGAGAAAUGAUGUGGUGUACUUGACUAUAUGUCUAGAAGAUUGUAAAAAUCCAGCCAUCGAAUUAACAGAACAAAAACUCAAAUUUAGUGGUAAAGGAGGAACAAAUAAAGAACUGUAUGAAAUUACAAUUGAAUUCUUCAAGGAAGUAAAUCCACAGGAAUCCAAGUAUGGAGUCAAAGCCAGAAAUGUUGCGUUUGUGAUAAAGAAGAAGGAACCUUCGGGAACCUACUGGCCUCAAUUAUUAAAGGACCACAAAAAGGCAUUCUGGUUAAAAACAGAUUUCAGCAAGUGGAAGGACGAGGAUGAGUCCGAUGAUGAGAUGGACAAGAACAUGGACCUGGCUGAGAUGAUGCAGAACAUGGGAGGCAUGACCGGUGCAGGGCCUGGCAUGAACUUGCCUGACGAUGAAGAAGACAGUGAUGAUGAAGACUUGCCUGACUUGGAAUAGAAGCAGUUCCAUGUUCUGGACACAAGCUUACUCACCAGCAGUUUCCAUGCAGGAAGAAUCUUGUCCCCUAGCAACCAACAUGUGUCACUAUGGAAGCAGUUACUAAGGCAGCCAUUUUAACAAAAAUACUAGUUGAGAACUUGUCAUACAAAUACAUAAGUUUGUUCAAUUUUCAGAUCGAAGUGAUUGUGUUUAUUUCCAAUUGUCAGGUCCGUUAAAUUGAUAAUCCCAUUGAAAAGUGUGCUAAUAUUUUUUAAGUGAUUUAAUUUAAUAUCUUAAAUUUAUUAAGAUGUCCUUUAUGUGAAAUGCCAUUGUGUUAUGCAUUGGGUUGUUGGUUGAAGAACGAUCCAUGAGUGAUAUAUUGUGGAUUUAGAGUUGUUUGUUUUUUUAAGUAAAUGCAAUUUUGUUCUUAAUAAGAAUGAUGAUUUAAGUCAAAUGUUGAUGUCUACCAUGAUUUAUAUGUUGAACUGCUUGUCACAUGGAUAUUACUUGGAACAACGGGACUCAGUAUGUAUUUGCAAUCUAAAUCAGGAUUCAUUGCUCAUUUGUUUUAACAUUCAAGUCUCUCAUUGUUUUAUAUCCAUCUCGUGUUUGUUUUUUACUGAAUCUAUUCCAAAUGUUGUCUGUAUCUAGAUUCCAAAAGUGGAUGCCUUUAGUUUAUAUUUAUAACUGAGAUGACAAGUGUUAAAUACCACUUUCCUAUCCCUUGAAGUGUACUGACAAACCUUGAUAACACAUAGAAAGUUGCUACCGUAAUUGUAGAAGCUGUGGUCAAUUUAAUUUAAAGGUAAUGUAUGUCUAUGUCUGUAAACCAAGUGCAGGCUUUUCUGUAAUAUGUUCACAAAUCAAUGAAAAAAAUUAAAUGUUUGUGAUUUUUA